UCUCACACUAGAACCAAAGGAAUCUCUCACUAAAAUUUUCUUCAUCUAUCAUGUUCUCCAAAGGCGAUGCUCGCACUCUUAUUGGUGUUAUAGGUAAUAUUAUUUCGAUCAUUCUGUUUUUGUCUCCAGUGCCAACAUUUUAUGAUAUUUGGAAGAAAAAAUCAGUGGAAUUAUACUCACCAAUGCCAUAUUUGGCGACAUUCAUCAACUGUGGGCUCUGGGUACUAUAUGGAUUGCCUAUGGUACAACCUCACAGCACCCUCGUUGUGACCAUAAACGCCUCCGGACUUGUUAUUGAGUUGGUUUAUAUAUCGCUAUUUUUUGCAUUUUCGAAUGGCAAAAAAAGGUUAAAUUUGACGAUGUUUAUGCUCAUCGAGUGUUCAUUCUUGGCCCUUUUGACCCUUCUUGUGCUCACCUUAGUCCACUCCAUAAAACUUCGAGCUUCUAUCGUAGGAAGCAUUUGCAUGGCCGGGAAUACUUUGAUGUACGCUUCACCGUUAUCAGUCAUGAAAAUGGUGAUCAAGACAAAAAGCGUGGAAUAUAUGCCAUUUUUCUUGUCGCUUUUCUCUUUUCUCAACGGAGUUUGUUGGACCUCUUAUGCUCUUAUUCAUCUCGACCCUUUCAUUGCGGUCCCUAAUGGGCUCGGAACCUUACUUGGGGCAGCCCAAUUACUACUCUAUGUCAUGUUUUACAAGUCUACCAAGAAAAUGAAGGCCCAAGAAAAAGCCCAACCUCAACUGCCUACAGAUACUUCAAUUGCCCUUCCCCAUUCUUCACCAACACUCAUCAAUGGAGCUUAG